GAGGCAUUUUUAUUGCUGCUUCAUCCCCUUCCUUAAUUUAUUGAACAAACUAUCACACUCUUAUACUCUACUACACAAGCAUGGUUGGAAAUACAGACCCCCUGAGCCCAGACAACAUCGUGGCACUGGCCACGAGAGCUCUGGGCGCUGACGACAGCACUUCCAACGCCCUCGGGACUCCAUAUGAGGCGAUAGCACUCAUCGGCCACGCGUGCAUGCUGGCCGUUGAUUUCCGACUGGUGGGACUGGGAGAAGAUGAUAAUCUCGAGAACCCCGACAGCCCGACCUUACCAGCGCAGUGGAAUGCUGCGACGACCUAUGCCUUCCGCUACGCCCACUCCCAGUCGUCCAUGCAGUACCUUCUGAAGGUGAGCCGACUCGGAAAUAACGCCGUUGUAUUUGCACUGGCCCUGGGCGACGACCGAACCACCUCGUUCGAUAUCCCAGUCAACGACUUUGUUUCUCCAUCCUCCCUGCCUCUUUCCUCCCCUGCGAACCCUCCCAACGCCCUCCGCGACGUGUUCAUCUCCGCUUCCCGUCUCACCGAUCUCAUCGGACUGUUCCGGAUCAACGUGAUCCAGAGGCUGGCGCCUGGGCUGUACAAAGAAGGCUACGAGGCGACCAGCGAGGCGCGGCGCGAGCGACAACCCGAGGCCCCGCCCCGCCAUGACCCGUUGCGCGAUGACCCGAUGCCCGCCCCGGCACGCCCAUACCCGUUCGACGACCCGCUGGCCAUCCCGCCGCGCCGACCAGUUCCCGCAGGCGACUUUGCGCCGCCCGGGUUCGAGGACGAGUUCGAAAUCCAGCGACCGCCGCGCGGAUACGCCCCCGGGUUUGGAGGACGACACCCGAUGAAUAUUGGCGAUCGCGACCUCUAUCCUCCGGGACUGGGGCCUCACGAUCCGAUCCGCGGUGGCAUCGGACCCGGAUUGGGCGGUGGUGGUGGUGGCAGUGGUGGGAUGCACCCUACGUUCGACGAUCCGCUGUUUGGCGGACAGGGUGGCGGAGAGGGCGGCUACAAUCCGCAGGCGCCCCCUGGAGCACGCUACGAUCCUGUUGGACCUGGGGGACCACCGUUUGGGCGUGGACCAGGACGAUCUGGUGGACGUGGCGGCGGGGGAUUUGGAGGGGGAUUUGGGGGCAUGGGAGGGUUUGGCGGUGACAUCAUCUAGGCUUUGUAUGCGG